AUGUCAACGAUAAAUCGUUUUACGUGUUUACGAUGUCAAUUUCAAUCCCUUUUACGACCAUCUCCUCGUCGUCCAUACCAUAUCUCUCCACGUUUACGUUCCGAAAUACCUAAACCCUCCAUAGCACCCAAACAAUCCAUCGAUAUAAAACACAUACGAAACAAUCCCGAAUUAUAUGAAAAGAGUUGUCUAGAAAGGAAUUACAAACUACAAUCAACAUACCCAGCUAAAAUUAUAAGUUUAUUCGAACAAUGGCACGAACAUCAACGCGAUGGAAGAGCAUUACGAGAAAGAAAUAAUAAAUUAAAACUCCAACUUGCAAAUCCAAAAUCAAUACGAGAUGACGGCUCAGAAGAAAUUCAAAAGUUACGCGCUCUUUCUAAAGAGGAGAUUAUCGGAGAAGCUAGAAGCUUGAAGGAUAAAAUCUCCGAAAUAGAAUCUUCAGAAUCGAUGCUCAUGACAGAAAUCAAUACUCUCGCAUCCGCAAUUCCAAAUCUUACAUCCGAUUCCACUCCUCGCGGCUCAGAACCAAAAGUAAUAGGAACCAUCAACGAACAUCCCGAACCCAACGCCACCUCCUCAGAUCGAGUAUGGCGGUCUCACGUCCAUAUAGGUAGCGAAUUAAAUCUCCUUGAUUUUUCCUCUGCAGCUCAUACUUCCGGUUGGGGAUGGUAUUAUCUACUUAAUGGCGCCGCACUCCUCGAACAAGCCCUCAUCCAAUAUUCCCUCUCUCUCGCUCUAUCAAAGGGCUGGUCCAUCGUCUCUCCUCCCUCGAUGAUCUAUUCCCACAUCGCAUCAGCAUGCGGUUUCCAACCCCGCGAUCAAUCAGACGAACAACAAAUCUACUCCAUCGCCCAAUCCCCUUCCGAUGCUGAAAGCGCGAAACCAACAUAUUCCCUCGCCGGAACCGCCGAAAUUCCUCUCGCAGGAAUGAAAGCCAACACAACUAUCCACGAAUCUCUCCUCCCCUUAAAAACAAUCGCCACAUCCCGCUGCUAUCGCGCCGAAGCUGGCGCCCGUGGUAUCGACACUAAAGGUCUCUAUCGGGUUCACGAAUUCACCAAAGUCGAAAUGUUCGCCUGGACCUCUCCUUCCCUCCCAGAAGCCACAGAAGUAUUCAACGAAAUGCUCUCCCUCCAAACCACCAUCCUCACUUCCCUCGAUCUUCACUGUCGGAUUCUCGAAAUGCCCUCCACUGAUCUCGGCGCCUCAGCUAUGCGCAAAAUAGAUAUCGAAGCCUUUUUCCCCUCGCGCAGAGAAAGAGAUAAUGGAUGGGGCGAAGUGACAUCAUUAAGUAUCUGUGGAGAUUAUCAAAGUCGGAGAUUGGCGACGAGAGUUGAUAUUGAUAAGAAUGGAGGAAAAAUCGCAUUUCCGUGGACGGUUAAUGGGACGGCGCUUGCGGUGCCGAGAAUUGUGGCUGCUAUCUUAGAGAAUGGAUGGGAUGAGGAGAGGAGAGAGGUUAGAGUGCCCAAAGUUUUGUGGCCGUGGAUGGCGGGGAGGAAAGUUUUGAAGAGGGAGUAG